AUGGAGGGCUUCACCAUCCAAAACGUUCACUUCUCGUCGAUGGCCCUUGCUCCUCUCGCCGCCCUCGUGGGCGGAGAAAAUUCCUUCCUGGCGGCUCCGGUUAUGGGCCCAACCGCCGCUCUGCCGACACCGGCAGAGACACCCAGCCCGGACAGACCUGUCCGGCGACCUCGACCCGCGGGUCCGAGGGUAUUCUGCCAGCUGUGUGACGAAUACCCCUCUGGAUUCCGGGGAAAGCAUGAGCUUAGUCGCCAUACGAGUCUCAAACAUGGCAACCAGGUGCAAGUCUUCGCCUGUCUUGACCCUGGGGCUACGGCUACGGUUAAGGGCCAUCCGAUUCGAAAGCCCUUCGCGGAGUGCAAACACUGCAUGGACGUCAAAUUCUACAACUCGGAGCAAAAUGCCAUCGACCAUCUUCGGCGUGGCCACUUCAUUCCGAAGUACGACCCGCACUCGACAAACAAUGUCCGGGUCCUUCCCAGGGAUUUGCCGGCUGCAGAAAUGCGCCGCUGGGUCGAGAAGAUGGUUAUCACUCUCCCUCCACCGACAGCUGGCCCGGCCCCGGUCCCGGCCCCGGCCCCGGGCAAUGAUAACUUCAUCCCGGGCCAAGGAUUCAUCAACCCGGCUCUUUUGAUGCGCAAUCCGAAUGAGGACGACUAG